CUCAAGGUCAAACUUGAUAAUCCUCUUCACUAAAUGGGGAAACCUGACAUCAAUAUCAACAACUAGUUAUGGUACAACUGCUACCGCAAUAACUUGAAGAGAUUUCGAAACAAGGUGGAAAAUUUAUGUCACUCCAUCUUUUGAGUGCAUGGCAGUAAAGAUCAAGUCCCAAUUUAUUUAAAGCGCGUUCACUUUAUUGAAGCUCAAAUGACAGUGGAGGUGGUCAAACCUUGGACGGGAAGUCUGGACCGCUAUCGGUGUCCAUUGUCAAUUAAAAUCAAUCUAAUUACUAGAGUGCUUGUUGUUGUAGGUGGAGGUGCUCGUUGUACGUUGGUUUUGAAAAGGCUCACAAGUCGAGACUACAAAUUAAUGCUAAAUUUAAGUAUAGAUUUACAAAGCAGUCAAAAUCUCGAAUCUUUGUUUUGUUACAUGUAGAACGUAGCAUCUGCACAAAUCCUGCCAGCUCCAACACUUUUGUAUGGUAAUUGUAAUUCAGAUUCAGGUCUAGAAAUUACAAAAACGUCAUCAAGCUCAAUCCAACAAACAUGUUGAGAAAAUCAUCACCAAGCCCUAAUUUCAACCUGCAAACAGUGAAGACUGGACAGUGGAGAGUCACAGUCUGGAAUAAUUACAAGCUGAAUACAUUUUGGGCGUGGUCU